UUACAAGCAUGGAUGUCAUCUUCAAGGAGGGACUGUUGUACCUACAGGGAGUCAAGUUUGGAAAAAGAACAUGGCGUAAAAUAUGGAUGGUGCUGUACAAACCCAGUUCCACAGGGGUUGGCCGGUUGGAGUUUUUUACUGUAUGUGACAAAAACAAUGCUACUGACCCGAAGAGGGCGGCUCGGCAGAAGAUACCAGACAGAAAAACGGUGUGUCUGUGUGACUGCCUCAUUGUCACCCCUGCUCCAGACAAGGGUUGCCCCCAAGGCUGCACGGCCUUCUACUUGAAGACCAUCCAGUGCACCUACACCCUGGCCUCCACGACGAGCCCGGACUGGCUGAGUGCCGUCUCUCUUCUGGCCUUCCAGAAGGAUCCAGAAGAAUCAGACAAAAGGGGAUUGGAGGGAGGAAAUGGCCUCACCAUGGAGAACAAUGACCUUUACUCAUCAUUGAAAACCAAUCCGAUCCCUCCACUGAACCAGUACAGAGUGACUGUCCAGAGCACAGAAGCAUCCAGGAGGUGCAGACUGGCUGGAGAGUAUCUUCUCUCCCCAGAAGAAGAAGAUGUGACUCUGCUCGCCUUCUACACCGGUCACUUCAUCUACUGCUGGCCCUACACACUCAUACGCAAAUUUGGUCAAGUUGAGGGUGGAUUCAGCUUUGAAGCCAGCCGCCGCUCACAGUCAGGAGAAGGCGUGUUCAUCUUCCUGUCCCCUCAUGGUCCUGAGAUCCUCCGGGUCUUUUUGGAGCAUUGCUCUGCAGAGAGGAGCUCCUCCGCUGAGGCGUUCAACCUCAGCAGAAGAUGGUCGUGUGAGCAGUCUCCUUAUACCUUAACCUACCCACCUGCAGCCGCUAGUCCUCCUGUCUACAAUCCUGCAGACGUCCCGGUUGACGCAGAGGACGACUCUGCCAUUCUCUACUCUACCGUUAAAGUCACUCAGGUCAAACCUCAUCUCUCUAACAGCCAGGAGGCUGUUUGGGAUGGAGGUGAGGAUGAGCUGUGCUACUCCCUGGGCUCUCUAAGCCUAGAUGGUGACACAGAGGAAAACAUUUACUGCAACGUGAGGAGAUCCACUCCUCCUCUGAUCCGACGGGAUCCUGAGAAAGAUGAGCCGGAGUGCAUCUACUCCGAAGUGAAAAUAGAUGACUCUCCCUCAAACUCCCGGCGGCAGCCUUCCUCCUCACCCCUCUGCCAACCUGUUCUCCAGCCUCCCCCCUGCCCCCUUCCCCCGCCUGCUCUCUCCGCCCUCAACCUCAAGCCCAGAGACCCGCGUUGGCCCGCUGUGAGUAAUGUCAACCAGGCAGGGUUCAAUACUCAGGCACAUGAGGCGGACGACAUGAAUGAGAUGGAGGAGGCCACCAGCUCCUCUGCCCAUGGCGUCACCCCCACUGAGACCCCUGGCAGUUUUAAAUUCAAACUGGCAGAACUCUUUUCUAAGGACCUGGCAAAGAUCCAGCCGCCCCUUCCCUCCGGGGUGGGCGGCCCCACAUUUUCUCACUAG